GUUUUUUUAUAUUUUCUUUCCUUCGAAUCACGUAAGCAAUUACUUAAAAAAAAAAAAAAUCUGGGCAUAUUGCGCUUGUGACGGCUCUUCCGCCUGACUUGGGCACGAAUCGCUCGAACAGAACAGAAGUGUACGGGAAUGCGAGUAUCCGGGUUUCGAAGUUCCUUGCCCUUUUCAGGGCUAAUCAGACAGAUUGAGCAAGAUGUGGGGACUGUGAUUAACGUGCUGCAACCUGGACCGUUGGGAAUCAUAGAGCAUAAAUUUUCAGCUAAGGAGAUUGAUGAGGCUAAAGAUACAGUCCUUAGAGCUGUUGCAAAUUGGAAAAGAAAUGCGAGCCUAGAGGAAAGAAACAUUGGUCUGAAAGACUAUAUUCAGAAAUGAAGAAAUUAUGGCCCCGUCUGUGUUUUUUUUUUUUUUUAGAUCCUCUAUUUUAUUUCUGAAUCUGUUUCUUUCCCUUUUUUCCUAGCAUUUUUUAAAUGGAUUAUGCAAAUGAUUAAUCGAUAUAAAUCUGAUAUUUCUGGGAGACUGUUUAUUAUUUAA